AUGGUGUCAUUGGAUGGUUGGUGCCGAGCAUUGAGGGAGCAGCAUGAAUUUGACUUGCAACUCUACCAAUCCAGUCACCAAGAGUGGAAGAAUCGGUGGCUCCACAGAGUUUUGAUACCUGUGGAGUGCUUCUCGGCGUUUCUGUUUAUUACGGUGAUCUGCCAGUCUACGUUGCCUCUCUCAUACCUACAACUCCAUGUCGUCUUGGUGCUUGGGGUAGGUUUCCACAUGGGGUUGGUAUCACUGGUGAUUGGAAAAAGUCCAUGGUCCGGGUUGUCCUCUUUUGGCUUCAUGGUGGCGGCACCUUGGAUUUCGUGUAUUCUGAUACAGCCAAGAGCUAAUAAGAAAGACGAUAAAAGGCAUAAAAUGACUGUCGCUAUAGUUAGUUUGGGAAUGUGGUUCAUUGCCUCGUCGCUACAGGUGGCUGUGGGUCAUUGGCUAUGGGAACGCAACGAGCCAGAUGUGCUUAGCAGUGAUCAAGUAUCCUGGCUUUCCCUGACUCAUUCGGUCCAAAUUGCCUGGACUAGCUAG